AUGUGUGACUCAAGUGAAGACCAACAAUUUUUAGAAUUAAAUAAUUUUCUUGAAUCAGAUGAAACAAAAACUUCUAAACAAAUUCCAUUAGAACCACCUCAAUCAUUAGUUGAUACACGAAUUGAUCAACAUGAAGAAGAAACUAAAAAAGAAAAUCAUAUUAACGAAGUUAAAGAAGAAGAAGAAAAAAAAGAAGAAGGAAUUUUAAAAGAAAAUAAUGUUAGUGAAAAGGCUGAAAUAUUUAACCAACCAUGUCAACAACCAAUAAUAAGUCCAUUAUUACAUAAUCCAUUAAUUAAACAAGAAAUUUCUGAGCAUACUGAAGAAUUUACUGAACAUGAAGAACCUCAAAUUGGAUUAAUUAUUUAUGUAGCUAAUCUUCAUUUUGACAUAACUGAAGAAUUAAUACAUAAAUACUUCGAUCCAUUUGGACCAAUCAUCGGUGUUGAUAUUGUUUAUAAACCUCAAACAAAUGAAUGUCGUGGAUUUGCUUUUAUUAAAUAUCAAAAAACUGAAGACGGUAAUAAAGCAAUUGAAGCUUUAAAUGAUAAAGAAGUUCAAGAACUUACUAAAACUAAAUUAACAGUUAAAGUAGCUACAAAUCAACAAACUCAUAAAAAGAAAGAGUUAAGAAAAACUGUAGAACCUACAACAAUCCCUUCUAAAUAUCCUCCUUCACAAAUGUUUAAUGACCCAAUGAUGAUGUAUCAACAAUUUUUUUUACAACCAAUGGGUAGUGCUCAACAACCAAACCAAUCAACAAAUACACAAAAACCAAUGUAUAACCCUGGAAUUCAAAUGCCCCAAUAUCAACAAGGCUAUAUUGGUCCAAUGGGAUAUUGGCCAGAUACAAUUUAUCAUCCACAAGAAAAACAAAAAGCAACAUUAUAUAUCGCUCAUUUACCUCAAAACACUAAUGAACUUUUCUUGUAUAAAAAUUUUGCAAAGUUUGGUGCAAUUGAACAAUGUAAUUGUUUAUAUGAACCAACUACAAAAUUAUGUAAAGGAGUUGGUUUUGUUACUUACAUGGACUCUAGUGAUGCAUAUAAAGCAAUGCAAGCUAUGAAUAAUAAAGUUUUUGAUGGACAACCAAUAAAAGUCAAAUUUAAGAACCAAAAGUAG